AUGUCCAGCUUCGCCACCAUCACUCACAUCGAGCACGCAAAGCCUGCUAAGAAAAGCCUCCACCUCCUCCAAUACGGGAGUACCCACGUCAGCACGCGCCGCACCGAACCGCGUUUUGGAACCUGGACCCUCGUCAUCCGAGAGCGUGGCUCGCCUUUUGCAGUCGUCUUUCACGUCGAGGCUACUGUCUGCACUAAACUCGGGGGGACCACUGUCGACCAACCACCAAGGUACCAUUACAAGAUGAAAGCCAAAACCCUCAAACUCUCCAAGAAGAGGAUAAUCGACGCGAACGGAAACCUGAGAAUGAUGAUGGACCCUGAGGCGUUUCAAUUGGCUCCCCACCUCACUCCGAUCCGCUCGUUCCGGUUGACGUCUUUCGAGGAAGAACAGACUGCGGGUAUCUGGGAGGUAUUGCCAAAGGCACUGGAAGAUGCCGUUCAUGUCAAUACAGAGCCUGAGUGGACUGUUAGUCAGCGCUGGGUCGAGCAUGCCCUCCGCCGCCUGCGAGACGCGGGGUUUGACGUGCCUGCUGUGGAGAGAUCUGUGCUUAAUCGCGCGUUGGAAAAGUUUAACGUGGUGGGAGGAGAUGAUAACUAUCUUCUUAACUUUUUGAACAAUGAAUAUCGCUAA